AUUUUUUUUUUUUACUGCCCUGAACCCAUGAUGGUAGUCAAUCUCAUAAGCCGUUACUUUACCUUAGUACACAGACUCUCACAGACUCCCCUGCUCGUUUCUCCCCUGCUUCGCCGCGACCUCCACCGCGACCUCCACCACUGCAACUGAUUUCAACUCUACAUUUAUCGUUGAAAAUUUCGAAGGCAAAACAUGGGUUAUACCAAGGAACAGCUCCUGGAUCGAUUGAAGGAUAUCGAAAUUGAUUUUGAGAAAUAUGAGCACCCUGUGGUUCUAACCGUGGAAAAGGCACUGUUUUAUCUAGCUAAUGUGGAUGGCGCAUUUUGCAAAAAUUUGUUUUUAAAGGAUAAAAAACAUAGAUAUUACAUAAUUUCUGCGCUGUCAGAAACAAAGGUAGACAUGAAAGUUUUAUCUGUGAGGCUUGGUUUGGGCAAGGGAGGCUUAAGAAUGGCACCUGAAGAAGCCUUGGGCGAAGUACUUCAGGUGCCGCUGGGUUGUGUAACUCCAUUUGCAGUAGUGAAUGAAUCUGCAAGGCAUGUCAUUUUGUUAUUGGAUCAAGGGUUGAAAAAUCAGAAGCGCGUUAUGUUUCACCCGUUGUCUAAUGAUAUGUCUAUUGCCCUUUCUACUGUUAGCCUGGACAAGUUUCUGAAAUCUGUUGGAAGAGAACCCACAUAUGUUGAUCUUGAGGCUAAUCCUCCUGUUGGCAAGGACCAACCUCCUGAUUUGGCCGAAUUUGCCCCAUCUAACGCCAUUUCUGUGCCCAAAGCUGCUGCAAAAUCACCCCCCACGGGACCUGCUCCCCAGAAUAGUCAAUCUGCAAAGAGUGACCUAGCCACAGGCAAAGCUGUAAAGCAACCUGUUGCGGAAAAAAAUGUCAAGAAUAAGUCUGGAAAAGGUAAAACUGCAAAUGCAGUUGCCUCAUCCUCACCCUCUGCCAACCCUCAGCUCUUUGUGGAUGAGAUAUUGGAUAAAACUUCUGCUCUCAUUCUUUCCGAGAUUAACAACGAGACGAUAUCGAAACAUGGAGAACAGCUUGGAGCCGUAGUAUCUGACAAUAUCAGAAAGCGUCUUUCCUCAGAGCUAAGCCACCUAGCUAUGCUUUAUAAGAAUACAGCUUAUACAGAAGGAUUUCAUGCUAGCACUCAUCUUUAUGGAUCUCACCGAUGAUGGCGAUGAAGAGAGUUCAUUUUUAUUGCUUGAACCAACAGCCGCAGCCAGCGUAAUUCCUCAUUCGUAAUGAUUUUUGAAGGAUAUAUUUGUAUAACAUUUCUUCUGAAUGGUAGUAAUUUGUUUUAAAUCUUAAGAGUAUUAUACGGUGAGCUUUUUCGCUGUUAAUUUAAACUUUACACUACACGGCUCCAUUAUGAUCUUAAGUUAAUAUCUCUUCCAAGUUGCAAGUGAAGAACUGUGCUACAAUACAAUAUACGAAAAACAGAGCUCAUUUAAGCAAAUGAUGAAAUGAAAGAAAUGUUCAGCAAUAA